UUCAAUUAUUCCUAAUUUUGUUUAUGAGGGCUGUUGUCUUCAGCCUCAUUACUAAUAAAGUUGUGUGAAAAGAAGCGCAAGCAAUUUGUACAAUUUUGUUAGGACUCCAUUGGAAGAAACCAAAGUUAUGCUCGUUCCUUCGGUGCGCGUGCCUCGCUGCCUGGGAUUCGUGGUGUCUCGUUACAGCACUUUCUUCGCACGUUCUUCAGUUGCCUGUCGUGUUCACGAGACCAGCGCGUGCCGGAGGAUCUGCCGAUCAUUGUGCACCCUCAGGUACACCGCAAUGUCUGGCGAGCACCGAUCAGACCGCCUGCCUACAAAUGUUAGACCGGUGAAUUACAAGAUAGAGCUGAAGCCGGACCUGAAAAAGCUGGCAUUUGACGGCCAAAUAGUGGUGACAGUGCAGAUCCGUAAGCCAAGUGAUGUCUUCGUGCUCAAUUCACUUGCACUUGACAUUAAGUCUGCUGAAUACAUUUCCGAUGACGGAAAAGAACACAAGGUGAGCAGCAUUGCCACAUCCAAGGAAGAGGAGAGGAUAACAAUAAAAUUUGACACUAUCCUUGAUCCAGGCACAGGAAAACUUGGUAUUUCAUAUUCAGGUGAAAUGAAUGGAAAAUUGAAAGGCUUCUACUGGGUGAAAUAUAAAGGACAGAAUGGUGAAGACAAGUUUGGAGGCGUUACUCAUUUUGAGCCGACUGAUGCACGUCGAGCAUUCCCCUGCUGGGAUGAACCAGCCCUGAAAGCAUCCUUUGAUCUGACACUUGUUGUCCCCAAGGGUUACACUGCACUCUCCAACACAAAUGUAGUUGCUGAUGUGGACUAUCCUGGGGACCCAAUGCUGCACGUGAUCACCUUUGCCAGAACACCGAAGAUGUCCACCUACCUGGUGGCCUUUGUUCUGGGCGAGUAUGAUUAUGUUGAAGGAACUUCAGAUGAUGGAGUUUUGGUCAGGAUCUACACACCCAAAGGCAAAUCUGAGCAAGGAAAUUAUGCCCUUGAGGUAGCUACUCGUGCUCUGCCUUACUACAAGAACUACUUUGGAAUUGCAUACCCACUGCCAAAAAUGGACUUGAUUGCUGUACCUGACCUUGCUGCAGCCGCUAUGGAAAACUGGGGCCUUGUGACUCAUCGCGAGUCAGCUCUUCUUGUCGAUGAACAGAACACGUCUGCUGAAAGAAAACAGAACAUUGCCCUGGUUGUUACGCAUGAAAUUGCCCACCAGUGGUUUGGCAAUCUGGUUACCAUGGAAUGGUGGACCCACUUGUGGCUGAAUGAAGGAUUUGCAUCAUUCAUCGAGUUCCUCUGUGUGGAUCACCUGUUUCCAAAGUACCAAAUUUGGACACAGUUUGUUACUAACUGCUAUGCUCAGGCAAUGGAACUGGAUGCCUUGCAAAACAGUCAUCCUAUUGAGGUGCCUGUACGACAUCCAAGUGAGAUCGAUGAAAUCUUUGAUGAUAUUUCAUAUCACAAAGGUGCAUCGGUUAUCAGAAUGCUCCACAACUACAUUGGUGAUGCUAAAUUCAGGGAAGGCAUGAACUUGUACUUGACCAAGCACAAGUAUGGCAACACGACCACAGAGGACCUGUGGCACUGCCUUGGUGAAGUGUGUCAAGUCCCUGUUGAAGCCAUCAUGAACACCUGGGUGAAACAGAAGGGCUACCCUGUGUUAUCUGUAACAAGCUAUCAAGAUGGAGAUAGCAGAGUGCUGAUGUUCACCCAGGAAAAAUUCAAUGCCGAUGGCAAGGCCACAAAGGACAACUCUCUCUGGAUGGUUCCAAUCAGCAUCACAUCCUCAAAAGCACCCAAUACGAUCAUCAAGCAGUUCCUGUUGGACUCUGCUUCAUCAGUGCUGGUAGUUGAUGGCGUGACUUAUAAUGACUGGGUCAAGAUCAACGUUGGAACUGUCGGCUGCUACAGAACCAUGUACAGCUCUCGAAUGCUGUCUCAGCUAAUCCCUGCUGUGAAAAACAAGACUUUGCCUCCAUUGGACCGGCUGGGUCUUCAGAGCGACCUGUUUGCUCUUGUGCAAAGUGGCCACAAAUCGACUGUUGAUAUGCUUCGCCUGAUGGAGGCCUAUGUGGAAGAAGACAACUACACUGUCUGGAACUCCAUCAACUCAUGUCUGGGCAAACUGAACCAGUUGCUUUCGCAUACUGACAUUCAGCCACUUCUGCACCUCUAUGGCCGACGUCUCCUAGCCAGUAUAUUCAGCAAAUUAGGCUGGGACCCUAAGCCUGACGAAAGUCACUUGGCUACACUGUUGAGAAGCACUGUGAUUGACCGUCUGGCCCGUUUCAAGGAUCCAGAUGUCCUCGCUGAAGCCAGAAAGAGGCUUGACGCCCACAUUGCAGGCAAAGCCAUAAUUCCUGCCGACAUUCGUGGUGCUGUGUACCAGGCAGCGGCAUCAGUUGCAGAUCGAAAACGGUACAAUGAGUUUUUGAAGCUAUACAGAAGCACUGACCUUCAGGAGGAGAAGAACCGGCUCUCAGCUGCCCUGGCUGGUGUAACCAACCAGGAACUCAUUCAAGCAACCCUGGAAUUUGCUCUUUCGGAUGAAGUAAAGUCGCAAGAUGCUGUUUUUGUGAUUAUCUACUGUGCCCUCACGGCCGUGGGCAGGGACCUCACCUGGAGGUUCUUCGAGAACAACAAGGAUGCUGUUAGGAAGCGCUAUGGCUCUGGCUUCCUCAUUGCGAGGCUUGUCAAGUGUAUCACUGAAAAUUUUGCAACUGAAGAAAAAGCUUUGGAGAUAGAGUUGUUCUUUAGCCAGAACUACUUUCCUGGUGUGGAGCGUGUCGUCCAGCAGUCUUUGGAGAACAUCAGGCUGAAUGCAGCAUGGAUUGCAAGGGAUUCUGAGAGUGUCCGACAGUUUCUACAGAAGGCAGCAUCUUCAUCGCCAUAAAGCUUCGAGAAGCAGCCUUGUUUGAGUUUGUUCCUUUGUUCCAUCAUGAAUGAGAACUUAUUAAAAGGUGUGUGCUAAUAUGUUUUCUGAAAUUUAGUUUAA